CUCCCAAAUGCUGCGGAAAGAGAAACACAUUCAGUGACGCCUGUUCCCACUGCUGCUGUGGUUGCACUGGAUGAGAAACGUGUCUGUGUAUCGAAUCGCCGCAUCUAUCAAGUGGAUCAUGCCUUUAGUAGUAAUGAUAAUACAGAACUUAUCUUUUACGAAAGUGUUGUCUCUCUUAUAGAUCGAUUUCUGGAUGGAUAUAAUACCACUGUGCUUGCGUAUGGACAAACGGGUAGUGGAAAGACAUACACAAUGGAUGGACUCACACCAUUGGUGUUGCGGUAUAUUGUGGAACAAAUGGGUGGAGUGACAUCACAGUUAAGUUUUCAAUAUGUGGAAGUAUAUGGUGAGGCGUUGCGGGAUUUAUUAACAACAGAUCCUAUUGGUUCUACGAAGCAUUUACAGUUACAUGAUGCAGAUAACAGUAAUGUGAAUAAUGGAAAUAAUGGAGGAGGAACAACAACUGUUGUGGUAGUGGGAGCAACUCGUGUAAAGGCACGGAAUAUGGAAGAGGUGUAUGAUAUUAUUAAUCAUGGAUCUCGUAUGCGAACUACCGGGGCAACGAAUAUGAAUGAACACUCUUCACGUAGUCAUAGUAUCUUUACGAUAUUUAACCAUCAAAGACGUUCAAAGUUAAAUCUUGUGGAUCUUGCUGGAUCAGAACGUAAUAAAAAAACAUUAAAUGUAGGACAACGAUUUCGUGAAAGUAUUGCUAUUAAUGGUGGUCUUUUAGCAUUAGGUAAUGUUAUUAGAGCACUAAGCCGAAAUCAUUUUCAAUGCCCUGAUAAUCCACGUCAUGUUCCCUACCGUAGUAGUAAACUCACACGUCUUUUACAAGAUUCACUUGGAGGAAAUAGUGUCACUCUAUUAAUUGCUUGUGUGGCUUCAGAUGCUCUCAACACAGAUGAGACCACACGUACACUACAAUACAGUGCUCUCUCUAUGCAUAUAUUGAAUGAACCGCUACCUCAAUUUGAUGAAAGAGUAGCAGCAUUAGCGGCUGAAGCAGAAGAAAAGAAAAACGGUGAAGGACGUGCGGAUAAUAUUUUGUAUGACGGACAAUAUCCAUCCACUGCUGCUGCUGCUGUUGAGGCUAGUAAUACGAGAGAAGUGUUGGGAUUGCGAGAACGUGUUGCGGUGCUAGAGGAACAAAUGCAACGCUGUUGUGAAGAGUUAAAGAAUGAUGAGAGGGUUUUCGCACAACAAAUACAUGAUAUGAAGCGAUUGUUAGAAGAAAAUGAAUCGUUAAAGCGUCGAGUGGCAUUCCUUGAAGGUCGUCCUCAUCCCUCACCAAAAGUUAUUGCUGAAGAAAGAGCAGCGGAAAUGAAUACGACUACUACUACUAGUAUUCCACAAGGACAACAACAACAACAACAAUAUCAAUAUCAAUGGAUAUCUGGUUCUACUCCACCUAGUCUAAACUAUAUGCAGAAUGUACUGCAAUCGCGUGGAAAUGUACCCCAACAUCACACAGAACUAUUUCCCAAUUCGAGACCGACCACCAGAAUCCAUAAUGUGGGUCUCUCUGAAGGAGAAACAAUGAUGGAAGCUGGAGGGCAGCAACAGGAUCUUUAUCAAGAUGUUUCAAAGAUAUCAAAGAUUGGUAUGGGGUGGAAUGAAGGGGUAGCAGCAGCAGCAGCAGCAGCAAUGAAUGAGUCCAUUGGUGUGGGAAAAGGUACCAAUAAUAAAAAUAAUAAUAAUGAUAAUUAUUAUUAUCCCAACCAUGAUGGUGACCGUAUGAUAGAGAUUGAGAAAGCAAAUAAAGAAAGAGAAGAACAGCUUAGUUUACUGGCGAAGGAAGCCUUAUACUACCAGAAUAGUAAUAGUGAACUUCGACGCCGACUUCGAACUGUACUUGAAUUGUAUGAAGCUCAACAACGUGAGGCGACUAUGUUACGUCUUGAAGUUAAACAAAUACACGAUUUAUUGGAGAGUGGAUCUCGUUCGUGA